AUGACCGACAUUGCCCAAGAUGAACCACCAAACUACCCAGUUCUUGCAGAAGCCACCCUGAUCAAAUUCGAAGGAAGAAACUUUCAAGUCGGGACACGCAGGUACUUACUAAACCGACUCGUUUCCGAGAAAGUAUACCGCCCUUACAUUGAGCGCCGGGCUGUCUUCCAUGCCACAAAGCUCGAUGAUCAGCAGCAAGUCGUGGUCAAAUUCUUCAUCCACCAGCACCCAGUCCUCAGGCGUGGCUGCGAGGCCAGCAGGCUCUUCAGCGGCAUCGCUCAACCCGGGUUCACAUGGGAAGUACAAGCAUUAGAGGCAGCACGGGGAGUGAACGGCUUCCCUCAGCUCCUGCACUGGAAAUGCACCGUCAAGAGCCCGGAGUUCGAGAAUCCGGGCGGGCGGAUGAACCUCAUUGCUAUGACGCGGUUGCCGGGCUUUCCCCUGUCGUUUUAUAUCGACCACCUCCGCGGGCAACGGCAGAUUGAUGCGAUCAGGGCACGAGCUGUGGACCUAGUUGAAGCGCUGCGCCUACACGGGCAGGAGCAUGCGGAGGGUGACCCGGACAAGAUCAUGUAUGAUCCAGCAAGUGGCAAAGUGUAUGAACCCUCUGCCUAA